GGCAAAGGGUUCCUGGUCACGGCGACCUUCCCGAAAUUGGCCGAGAAAUACAAUCCAUGAAGAUUCCUUUCAGUUAUUGUGAGAAACAUUGCCAUGUACUAUUAAUUGAUUCGGGCUCCAUGCUGAGCGCGCAGCUUGAUUCAUUUUCCUGUAAUAUAAUUGCUUGGAGGCCCAAGCGGGAGAUUUCUGUUCUGGUGGUCAUCUUCAACACGAGCUGCUGCCCCUGCCGUCGCCACGCCUCCACAGGCGCUGCUCCUGCCCGCCGCACCUCCCCUUCCCCCAUCCUCCGCCGAAGGCCGGUGGCGUGGACGCCGCUUCGCCGCGCCGCCCGCCCACCGUCGCCCCGCGCCGACCUCCACGAAGCACGGUGGCGAGAAGGCGUGAAGCCUCCGCCCCUCCCUGGCCCAGAUCGCCCGCCGACUACCGCCGGGCCGCCGAGGAGCAGGGAAGGGAGCAGCACCCCAAGGGACCAAAAACCCCCCAGCCCUAACCUGGUGGCGUCGAUUCUUCUGAUCCGGCGACGGUAGCGGAGGUAGGCUUCUCUUCAUUUUCUUUUCUUUAGCAAAACUGCUGUAUAGAGAUGAUCAACCUCCCUACUCAUAGCAAUUGGCGCCUAAGCGCACCACGAACGCACCCAGAUCAAGAAAAUUCCCCAUCCUCUCCUAUCGAAACCCUGGAGCGUUACGGGCUAGGAACGCAAUGCCGUCGAGCGUUGGGGCAUACUUGAGAUCCCUCUCGGCGAGGACGAUGGAGCGCCGCCAGACGGCGAGUUGGUGGAGCAAGGAGUACCCGCUCGUGGAUGGAAGCUCCGAAAACGACGACGAAUCCUGCGACGCGCGGCAGCCGGCGGGAGGGACCAACAUCCUCCAGUCGUUCGAAGGAUUAGGGUUCAACGAAAACUCCAAAUGUGCAAAACAUCCUCCAGAGAAUCUCCUGUUGCCUGGAAGUUGGUGCUUCCAGUUGAACGGCCCACCGCCUCCAUUCGAAGCCUUCCUUUUCCAUGGAUUACGGGAGCGACUUCUUCGCAUAGGAUUAAUAUUUUCAAAUAAUUAUAGCUUCUUAAUCAGGCUGUACCAUACAACACACAUUCUGAUAAGGAUUCCGGCAAUGAUGAAUCGGGAGAGGAUGACACCCUGGUUGGUUCAGAAGUUGAUAACUGUGAGGAAGGCCCUGUCCCGCGCAGUUCAAACUUUCACGCCGAAGAGACAGGAGAAUAUGAAGCUAAACAUGGAUUCUCUGACCAGCAUGACAUAGAUGACACCCAGGUUGGUUUAGAUGAGAUGGAAGAAGUUGAUAUCAGUGAGGAAGGGACAGAAGCAAUUGAAGGAUCUGAACAUGGAUCUGAUCAGCUCUCUGACCUGGACAUAGAUGACACCCAGGUUGGUUCAGAUGAGAUGGAAGAAGUUGAUAGUAGUGAGGAAGAGACAGGAGCAAUUGAAGGAUCUAAACAUGUAUCUGAUCAGCUCUCUGACCUGCAGGACAUAGAUGAUGGAAGUGAUGAAGACCUAUGGGUGGUAGCAUCACUGGAUUGGCCAGGAGCCAAUGUCUAUAGAACUCUGCUCUCUUCUCAACCUCGUAAUGAAGUCAUCAUAACAGACCUUAAUAGUCAACUCAGUGAGCUAGUGCAUGAAUUCCACCAGAGUACAAAAAAAAUGCCUAUCAGGAUAAUCUACUUCAGAAAUGGUGUAACUGAAGAUCAACUUAGGCACACUUUUGAGCAUGAAAUAGAUGCUAUUAGAAUGGUUUGUCCUGGAGCACGAAUCACAUUUGUGGUUGUUGCCCAAAAGUCUCAUGAAUUUCUAAGAUCUGAAAUUGGAGAAGAUUGCAAUCUUACAAAGUUCUUUUGUAGCCAUGUUGAUGAGAAAAGCAACACACAUGUCGGUUAUCGUGUGCUUCAUGAUGACAACUACUUUACACCUGAUAAAAUCCUUUCAUUAUGCACUGAUCUACUUAUCCGCCGUGUUCGUUGGAGGUUCCCACAACUAUCGAUGGCUCCAGCGGCCUAUAUUGCACACGAAACAGCAUUGAUGGCGUGCGACUAUGUUGAAAAGAACAGGUUGGAUGAUGGCACUUUCUUCCUCCCUCGAAUUUUCAUUUAGGGUUUUAAUUUAUCCUUGGUGACAUGAUUAUUUGGCAAAAAAAUUUAAGUCGUGCUGUACAUAUUUUGAACUCCUACCGAGUGUGUUACCGUCCAGCUCAGGUUGUUUUAUUUUGACUCUUAGGGUGAUGCAACCUUGAGCUGAGUAAUUUCAAAACUCAAGGUUGGCUCCAACCCAUCUCAGGUAGUCCUGAAAUCAAAUGCCUGUUUAGAUUGAGAGCUCGUGUCUGUUCCUAGAUGUUUCUUUUGGGAGAAGUUUGUGGUUUCGCCAUCCUCAUAAAGGUGUUUUUUUU